GAAAUAACUCUGAAUUGCGGGAAGUUUGAAGAAAAAUAUUCCUGUAAACAUUCCUGUUUUUCAUCAUCAAAAUUAUGUCUGAAAACAAGAUGGAAUGAUACUUCAACAAAUUUCCAUUCGAAGACUUGAUGAAUAACAGAAUAUGGCUUUUAGACCUGAUAACAUGAAUGAAGCCCAUCAAGAGAUUCAAGUAUGGUUAGAACAGAUAUUUGGGGGAGAUUCUAUUCCACAGUUUGAACUGAAUUUAAGAACGCUGGGUAUUUUACAUAACUUGAUGAAAACAAAUCAGACAAAAGAUAGAGAUACUCAGCUUAUAAUCAAAGACCAUAAUCAAAAGGCAGAAGAAUAUACCUCAGAUGGAAAACUGGUGGGAGAUAUUGUUGAAGGAUUAUCAAUAAAACCAGCGUCAUUAUCCCAGUCUGGUGUCACAAAUCUAAGAACAUUAGCUAACCUUGCUUUAUUACUUGAAAUAAAAGAUACAUCAGAUACCAGCUUCUAUCUGGCUUUACAGCAUUUACAUAGUGAAGAAACAAGAAUAGCAGAAGAAAGAGAAGCUGAACAAAAUCUAAUUUCACAGUUGUUUGAAAAAACAAAAUCAUCCCUUAUUAAAUACAACUCACUCCAAAAGGCUCUUCAAACAUCCGAAGAACAGAGUAAAAUCCAAAGACCUAAGAUUGAAAGUCACAUAAAACAAACAGGGUUUUUAAAGAAUAAAGCAGAAGAAUACAGAAAGUUAAUUCAAAAACAUCAGGGUCAGUUGGUAAAGUUGGACGUUACUCCAGAUAUAUAUCAUAAGACAUUAGUUAAUAAAGCUGAGGAACUUCAGAAUCUCCAACAGAAACUGACUCCUUUAAGAGCUAAACUUCAGUCGUACCAUGAUCUACCUCCUGAUUUGGUUGAAGCACGAGUUAAAAUUGAAGAAAUGAGAAGGCAAGUGACUUUAUUAGAAGAAGAUCUGUCCAGCAAGAUCAAUAUGAUGCAUCUGUGAUAUUUGACUGAUUAUUAAUGACAAAAUGAAUUUAUGUAUUAAUAAAUGAACUGAAGAAAUGUAAUAAUAAAGAUUCAAAAUAAAAAAUUUAUCUUCA